AGUAGUCCGCUCGCAGGCAAGUCAUCCCGCUGCUCGCAGAUUAAGAAUACUUCAUACUUUCUCCCCAGAACUCCAUACAAUUAAGGGGUAGAUAAGGAAAAUCUAUUGGUAUAAAUUUAGAGUCCAUCGCAGGGGACAUUUCAGUUGGUGCGUGUACACCCAAGCAGCAAUAUGCCCUCAGAUCAGGACCCCACUGCCGAGCAGAUUAGCCAAGUCAAGACUAGCAUUCUCCAGAAACUGGAGAAGGAGCCACCAGCAGAACCCUUCCAUCCCAACGAUCUGAAGCGCAUCAACGACAGUGACCUAUGGAUCACCAAACUUCUGCAGGUAUAUGACUUUGAUGUGGAGAAAACUAUCACCAGAUUGUGGGACAAUCUCGCCUGGCGUAAGAGCUUCGGAGUGUACGACAUCAACGAGGCGAACUUAAACCAGGAAUACCUCAACGAUGGCUCCAUCUUUGUCCACAACAAGGACAAGGACGGAAAACCCCUGCUGAUCCUCACCAUCAACAAGCAUUCGAAGAGUCGCAGUCAGGAGGAUCUUCUGCGCAUCCUGGUCUUCUGGGUUGAGCGAUUGCAGCGCGAGAGCAACCUGGAUAAGAUGACCCUUUUCAUGGACAUGACUGACUCCGGUCUGAGCAACUUGGAUCUGGACUUCAUCAAGAGUAUUAUCGGCGUGUUCGAGACCAAAUACCCCUAUGUGCCCAACUACAUUCUGGUGCAUGACUUGCCUUUCCUGUUGAAUGCUGCCUUCAAAAUUGUCAAGACCUUCCUGCCCGCCGAAGCUCUGAAGAUUCUGAAAGUGACGACCAAGAAGGACAUCGACCAGUAUGUGGACAAGGACAACUGCCUGAAGAUCUGGGGUGGCAACGACGAAUACGUUUAUAAAUUUGCCUGAAAUUGCCUAAACUUUGUAUGAUAGUGUAAAUAGUACGAUUUUUAUUGCCCGGAA